AACGACCAUAAGAUUUCUCAGCCUGAGAACUGUUGACCCGCAUCUUGAAAGAGAAAAAGACCCGAAAGCUUUAAAAAAGCCUUAAAUCAGCAAUUUCGAAUCAGAGCCAUGGCUGGAAGAGAAGUUCGAGAAUACACCAAUCUCACCGAUCCUAAAGAUAAGAAAUUUGGGAAAGGAAAGGACCGGAUAGAUGAUGAAGAGGUCACUUUCCAACGCAUGGUUUCCAAGGGAUCUUGGCUUUUCCUACUGGGUGCUUGAUAUGUUCAGAUGCAAGAGGUUGCUGGGGAACGUGGAGGUUACCUUCAUGGAAGAGGCGAUGGAAGCUGAGGAGGAUGCUGAACGCCUUCUGCGACGUUCUGAAAAACGUGCAUUUCAAGCAUUCAAGAAAGCUGUUGCUGAUUCUUCACCUGCAUCUAUUGCCCUGCCACUUCAUGUUGAGCCCAAGCCAAAAAGCGGUAUCAGGCAGCAAGAUUUACUAAAAAGGGUUUUGGAAGUCAAACCUAAGAAGCAGAAAGCUUCUACAGGGUCUGAUGGGAGUAAUUCCUCCGCAAGUACACAGGCUGCUCCAAGUAGUUAUUCUGGUUCUAAUCAGGAGCAGCAGAAAGAGAUCUCGCCAGCUAGACCAAAUGACAGUACGGCAAAUGAAACAGCGGUCGAUAAUCCGAUAAAAAGCUUGGUAGCAGCAUAUGAUAGUUCAGAUGAUGAAGAUUGAUUUUGUAUGGAUUUGUUUAUGUAUGAAUCUCAGAUCCUAGUGUCCCAAGUAUCCUUAGCACUUGUUAUGUGGCCAUUUUGAUCAAGGAUCAUUUGAACAUGCACAUCCAGGCCUAAAUCGCCUUAUCAUAAAUUAGGAAUAUCGACAAACUGUAUGUUGUAAUUUGUCAUAGUUGACCCGUGAGAUACUAGUGUUUUGGCACAAAAUUUUCAUGUACCUAUUGCCAACUUUACGUA